AUGCUGUGCAGCCCCAGUCAGCCUGUCACGAACGCCAUUCAAGACCCCUGCUACAUCCCGAUGGGCAUGGUCACAGACGCAAUGCGCUUUCCCAACCUCGUCUCUGGAUUCGAGCGAAGUCCCAUUCACGCAGCCCGCGCGGCUUUGCAUCCAAGAUACACCAAAUACGAGUGGAAUCAAAACAACGUCGGCCUCUACAACGAGGCGGACACAAACAGAAACUUCUCUCAGAGGCUACGAGACGAAUCUCUCAGAGUAAUAAGGGAAUUAGACGAAAGUUCAGGAGGCGGUUUGCAGCAAGAAGUAACCCGAAGAAUAGGUGAGCGCAUGACGGACAUACAAUUUUGGAAGAACGAAGGAGCUGCUGAGCUUGCUGAAUUAGUAGAGGAAAUCGGCAAAAUGCAAGACAAGAAGCGAUCUCUUGAAAAGGCAAUCCAGGACAUUGAAGGGCCCAUUCAUAUUGCUCAAGAGUGCUUACAUCACAGAGAGGCCAGGAUGGGAAUCGAUCUAGUGUGCGAUGAAUCGGAACAAGCUCUAAUGAAAGAACUUUCAAUAUUUCGCAUCUGUCAAGAGAAACUGUGUUGCAUGCUGGAAAAGGCUCUUGAACAGCAAGAAAACAAUCGAGCUGCUCAGCACGACCUUGAGAGAGACGUGAAGUCGAAGGAGGACGCCAUUCGCAUCGACCGAUUCGCCCACGAGCUGCAGAACUGCUCCAGAGGCCUUCGAUUCCACGGAGGCAUCGAGCAGUUUGACCCCACUUUAUCUACGCAAGAAGAAUGGGCGGAUAACAGCAAUAAAACAAUUCAAAGAGCUCAGCUGGAAAGACAUAAAUCCGCACAAAUGCGGAGUGAUAUCGAUGCACUAAUUUUGUUAUGUGCUAAUGAAAUAUGGACUGCUUGGGACUCCACAAACAUGGAUCUAGAGAGUGAUUUUCAGACCGCAGAAGUGAAAAGGAAAAUGGAAAUGCAUCUUCGUAAAGUACAGGAUGAAAUGUUUGCCGUUGAGAAGUACAUGGAAUUGUUGAGAAAAGCCAUUGAUGACAAGUCCAGGCCUCUAAAAGUUGCACAUACGCGUUUGGAAGUAAGAUCACACAGACGAGACAUCGAGUUGUGUAAGGACGAGCCACAUACCACAUUAAUCAAAGAAGUGGACAUGGUCCGAUGUUCUAUAGAAAUAUUACAUCGCAAACUUCUGGAGUGUGAAGCUAAGCACCAACAACUUUUGACCACGAGAUCAAAUUUGGAACAGAACCUUGAGAUCAAAGCUAACUCCUUAUUCAUUGAUCAAGAAAAGUGUUUGGGUAUGCGCCGAAGUUUCCCCAUACGUUCUUUGAUAUAUUAUCCAAAACCUAUAGGUACCCUUAAUUAA